GUUCACGUCUGCGCAGUACUCAUCAGAAAAGUUAUUGCGAAUUUUAUCUUCUUGUCAAAAGUUGUUAUUUUCAUUGUAUUUUUGAGAAUCCAACCAAUAAUUUUUCAAAAUGAAUAGGUUAUUUGGUCGAGGUAAACCCAAAGAACCACCACCAAGUAUUACUGAUUGUAUAACUGGAGUUGACAGUAGAGCAGACAGUGCAGAAAAGAAAAUAGCGAAAUUAGAUGCAGAACUAAAGAAAUAUAAAGAUCAGAUGGUUAAAAUGAGAGAUGGUCCAGCUAAAAAUGCAGUAAAAGCUAAAGCAAUACGUAUUCUUAAGCAAAGAAAAAUGUAUGAAUCACAAGUGGACAAUUUAAGGCAACAAGCAUUUAAUAUGGAACAAACAAAUUAUGCUACACAAACUCUUAAAGAUACUCAAACAACUGUUAUUGCUAUGAAAGAGGGUGUUAAACAAAUGCAGAAGGAAUUUAAGAACAUUAAUAUCGAUCAAAUAGAGGAUAUGCAUGAUGAUUUAGCUGAUAUGCUAGACGAAGCUAAUGAAGUGCAAGAGGCAAUGGGUCGAAGUUACGGAAUGCCUGAAAUUGAUGAUGAUGAAUUGGAAGCAGAACUUGAUGCUCUAGGGGAUGAUCUUGCCUUGGAAGAAGAUACUUCAUAUUUAGAUGACGCUAUCAAAGCACCUAGUGCACCUGAUAAGGAACCAGGUGCCACGUCAAUCAGAAAUAAGGAUGGUGUCUUAGUAGACGAAUUCGGCUUGCCACAAAUACCAGCGAGUUAAUUUUAAAUAAUCAGUAUUAAGUGUCUUGUAUUUAGAUCACUUUCCAAUUGUUAAAUGCUUUAUCCACACAAAAUGGCUUUUACAAUUAACUCUUUUUUUAAAAAUAAUAUAUAAUAUAACGAAUGUUAAUUUUCAUUAAAUUUAACAAUGUACAAGCAAUGCAAAACAAAUUUUAAAUAAAAAUAACUUUAUAGCUGA